AGAAGACGAGAGUGUGAACCGCAUAGAGUGAGUACACUACUUAAUAAAGUAAAACGGUGCGCUUCGUUUUCAUAGAGGUAGCCGGAGACGGUAGUGACUAUACUCUACUCUCAGUUUCCGAUAUGGUAAUCUCCGACUCCGACUACGAAGGCGCUGCUAUCCAGUCCCUCGGCCCUCUCUUCACUAUUACUCAAGUCUUUCUCUGGGAUGUUGGCUUCCCGGUUAAACCAUCGUCUGAAGCUCAUUACAGCAAUCACGAAUCAAAUCCCAUUCCUGAUCGGAGUAACAUUAUUAUAGUACCCGAAGAUUUGGAACUGAACAAACAAAUGAAUGAAUUGGGUCUCCCUAUCUCCUUUGAGACAAACAAGAAAUGUGGACAAGUAAAAAGUAAAAAGAAGCGUGUACGAUCCAAGCAUCCACGUACUUGUAACAAUCCUGUUGAAGAAGCUCUAAAUGAAGUGAGCACAGAGGAGGUUAUAUCUCCUGCUAAAUUUCAUGAUAAAACUAACAGUUCUUUAUCUUGUAUAUCAAUGCUGGGCCAAAGUGAAACAUCCUACUGUGAUGGUGCAGUGGAAGUUGACAUGGCCCAAUGUCUCUCUGGUGAAGGAGAUGAUGCAUCGUACUGUGCUGGGUUUGCUAAUGGCAUUUCCAGGGAGGGAAAUAACAGUAUAAAAGUUGCAGAAACUAAUGAUGUCCAGAAUAGUGACUUUGAUUUAAAAAUUACAUGUGCCUUGGAUACAGGAGUCUCUGCUGGAAGCCAUUUGACAGGUGCUGGUGUCAAUUUUUGUGGGAUAGAAUUGGGCGAAGUUGACAAUGAAUGUUUAGAAAUUUCACCCAUUGCUUGCAAAACUGCAGAUUGUGAGUCUGUUUUCAAUGAUGAUGGUGCUGCCGCACGGCAGCCACAAGCUAAUGAACCAGAACCACUUCCCAUGAGUUUGGAAGAGAAUGGAUGUGGCAGAAUUGAUGGGUCAAAUGAUUGUGGUGAACUUGGAGAUUGGAUGGUGUUAUGGGACACUUUCUAUAAGCAAAGAUACUUCUAUAAUGUCAAAACAGACAUUUCUACAUGGGACCCACCCCCAGGGAUGGAGCAUCUAGCAUUUGGUGGGUAUACUGAAUUAGAUGAUAGUGAAGCUUUAAAGUCAACAGAGGAAUGUGAAACACAAAGACCAUCUGAAGAAACCUUGGUGGAAGAGAACUUAUCAGGAAUGCAACAUGAAGAUUAUUCAACUGAGAUUGGAGUUGCUGCUGGAAAUAUGGUCUCUGACGUUGCUACCAAUAAUGAAGACCAAUGUCUUAAUCAUUCAGAUGAGAAUCUUGAGAGGAGUAGUUGCAACAACGGAGUUUCAUGCUGCUCAGUAUCGAAUACCCUGGAUCAUGUCCUUAGCUCUAGUGAUCGAUGUAGUCAAGCAACAUCAGAGGUCGAUCAUACACCACUGGAAAACAUGGCAAUUGAUACGCCUGGAUUGGAUAGUAAAUUUGACCCUUUCAUGUCAAAACAGGAAAAGAAAGUGAAAAGAAAACCCAGGCGGAAGAAAUUUGAUUAUGAAACUGAAGAUCUCCUACUUCAAAAAAUGCCUGAAGCUUAUUCUACAAUCAUUGCCAAAUAUUGGUGUCAGAGGUAUAUUUUAUUCACUAGAUUUGAUGAUGGUAUAAAAAUGGACGAGGAAGGAUGGUUUUCUGUCACUCCAGAGGUUAUUGCUCAUUAUCAAGCAUCCCGUUGUGCAGGCGACACAGUAAUUGACUGUUUCACCGGCGUUGGUGGGAAUGCUAUCCAAUUUGCACAACGGUGCAGAAAUGUGAUUGCAAUCGAUAUUGAUCCAUUGAAGAUUGAUUAUGCUAGGCAUAAUGCUUCUAUUUAUAGGGUGGAUGAUCAAAUUGACUUCAUAAUUGGCGACUUCUUCCUCUUGGCACCAAAGUUAAAGGCUGACACUGUUUUCCUAUCUCCACCUUGGGGUGGACCUGAUUAUGCUAAGGUUUUGACCUAUGAUAUGAAGACAAUGCUUAGACCGCGUGAUGGAUAUACCUUGUUCAAUGCUGCUAAGAAGAUUGCUUCCAGAGUUGUCAUGUUCCUUCCUAAAAAUGUUGAUUUCAACCAAUUGGCAGAGUUAUCUCUAUCUGCCUGUCCGCCAUGGUCGCUAGAGGUGGAGAAAGUUCAUUUAAAUGGAAAAUUGAAGGCAGUCACAGCUUAUUUCUGCCGUACCCCAGUUGGAGGUUGCUGAGUUUAAUGAAUUCACUUCUCCUACUCCUACAAGUGAAUCAAGAAGGAUAAUCAUUUCCUUUCAGGACAAAGAUUAGCUGAAGAGAUUUUGAAGUUAUGAUCCUGAUAUUUUGUACUACAUUUUUUCUUAAGUGACCGUAACUUGCAAUAUGUUUGGAUGGAGGAUUUUGGAGCAGCGUGGAAGAGAGUUUAUUAAGUAUGAUUGACCCUUCAAAAUCUCAAAUAUAUAUCAAAUUAUAGACUUAGUUAACCCUUCAAAAUACUCCCAUUCAAGCAUGCCUUUAAUUUUAUGAAUGUGACAAUGACUCUGCUAAAAAUAGUUGAUAAUUAUAGUUUAUAACUAAUGACUGAUAGUUUAUAGAUAUGCUGACAAUGUAACUUUUAGGUGUGCAGACAAAGAAUGGUUUGUGGA